UAAUUUUUCUUUCCUCUUUAAUUUCCUUAUUUUAAGCAAUCGAUAAGUAAUGUGUACUUAGUAAAGUAGUUUACUGACAAUAAGCAAGUUAACCUUAAAAUAGAAACUUAACCUCAAAACGCAUAAAGUUUUUUCGUAUUCUUCAUUUCGCCAUAUAAUUUCAAGUAGCCUUCACGAUGGCAGACGUACGCGAUAUUCUGGAUAUUGAGGUACCGACGACUACGGAACUUACGAAAGAGUCAAUAUUGGGCAGCGACAAAAAGAAUCGGAAGCGAUAUGACUAUAAUAAAAUGCCAAAGCGUCCUGAAGGCAUGCACCGUGAGGUGUUUGCUCUCCUUUGUAAGGACAACAACGACGUACCGCCUUUGUUCCCAACCGACACCGCGAAAGGAUACAAGCAGGUGAGAGCCAAGCUUGGUAUGAAGAAAGUCAGACCAUGGAAAUGGGCACCAUUUACCAAUCCAGCACGUACAGACGGCGCGAUUUUUCAUCACUGGCGUCGUGUUGCUGAUGCUGGAAAAGAGUAUCCCUUUGCAAAGUUCAAUAAAAAAGUUCCUAUCCCUACAUACACAAAUACUGAAUAUGUACAACAUUUAGUGGCCAACGGCUGGACACGAGCAGAGACUGAUCAUCUGUUUGAUUUGUGCAGAAGAUUUGAUCUUAGGUUUAUUAUCAUCAGAGAUAGAUGGGAUCGCGCCAAGUUCCCUGCUAGAUCCGUAGAAGACUUAAAAGAAAGGUACUAUCAGGUAUGUGCUGCAUUAAUAAAGGCAAAAUCUCAUACUGACAAGGUAUACAUCUUUGAUGCUGAACACGAGAAACGCAGAAAGGAACAGCUGAAAAAAUUGUUUGAACGUACUCCUGAACAAGUAGAGGAAGAACAAACUUUACUGGCUGAAUUACGCAAAAUUGAGCAAAGAAAAAAAGAGAGAGAUAGAAAGACACAAGAUUUGCAGAAAUUAAUUACAGCAGCUGAUCAUCAAGCAGAUCCCAGGAAGAGUGAAAGAAAAUCUUCCAAAAAGAAUAGCAGCUCAUCUAGGAAUAGACCGAAUAAAACCGAUACUUCUCAUGUAUGUUGUAAAAUUAUAUUCAUAUAUGCUAUGGUACUUUUAUAUCAAGAAAUUUACAUUGUUUUACUUACACAGGCAGUAGAGUCAGCUGGAAUUAAAUUUCCCGAUUUUAAGAAUAGCGGCGUUACUCUUCGUUCUCAGAGAAUCAAAUUACCAAGUAGUCUCGGUCAAAAGAAAAUGAAGGGCAUUGAACAAAUGCUAAAUGAGUUGCGUUUAGAAUUAAAUCCACCACCGACGGAGCAAAUAUGUCAGCAAUUUAAUGAACUGCGCAGCGAUAUAGUUUUGCAUUAUGAAUUGAGAAGUGCAUUAUCAACAUGCGAUUAUGAAUUACAAUCUUUAAGGCACCAAUACGAAGCGCUAGUACCAGGAAAGACUUUAACAAUACCACCAGCGCUCCUACCAAAGACAGAACCGGAAGUCAAACAGGAGAUUAUUGAUGUGGUAGGAUCGCCCAGUACGCCCAGUAUUACUCAUUAAUUUAAAAUAAUCUGUAUGUAAAGUAGAGAUUAAUCAAAUAUGCUCUAUAUAUAUUGUUCUUUUAAUAAUCGUUAUGCCGAUUUUCAUACUGAAAGUUAUUGACUAU